GACACGAAGGAGAAGCAGCUUCCUCUACACUCCGCAGCCUUCGUCCAAAAUCCACUCCAUGUCGCUAUUCCCCGUCGUCGUUCCCCGUCGCCAUCGCUCGAUACCAUCGCCCGUCGCCUGUGGCCACUCCCUCGUCGCCUGUGGCCAUCCUCGUCGACUCGUUCCCCGCUCCUGCCGGCGAGCGCAACGAACGGCGAACCCGGUGAGGUCUCCCUUCUCCCUUCUCUGGUCACGGAUGCCUCUCCCCUGCAUCGACCCCUGCUGCCUCUCCCCUGAAACAACCACUCUUGCCCUCCCCUUCAAUUUCUCGACACAUACACCAAGAGAAAUUCUUGUGGUAAAUCUACAGAUGCUUUGACCUUAAUUUCUGACACGGGGUCAUCCCACUCACCAAAACACCAAUUUCAUAUAAGACAUUCAGUAAUCUUCAAUCCUUUGUGGAAUUGAGAAAAUUCGCCACACAAAUAAAAAGCAAUAUGUGAAACAAGGAGAAGCAUAAAGUUUGUAAUGGUUUGUUUGUGUUGUUGUCGUGAGCUUUCCCUGUCCCAUUUAGCAAAUUUUUUUGUUCACUUGUUUACUCGAUUGAGUUAUUUAGAAGUUUCAUAAUGGUAGCGUUAGAUUUUCCAAAUUAAAUUUGUUGAUUCGAUGUUUCUUUUGUAUAUGAGUACUCCAAAUCCAGAUAGUGGUACUCAAUCAACAACACCGAGCUCUACUGCUUCAACUGGGCAAGCUGGUCGAGGAAAGAAUGAUCCUGCUUGGAAUUACAUUCAAGAAAUCAAAGAGGAUAAUGGGAAGGUGCAGGCACUCAAAUGCAUGCUAUGUGGAAUUGAGAAAGGGGGGGCGGGGAAUUCAUCGGAUGAAAGAGCAUCUUGCUCAUUCUUUAAAAGGGAAUAUUGUGUGAAAUGCUCAAAAGUUCCCUAUGAUGUGCGUCUGAGAUUUGCAAAUAUUCUUAAAGAAUAUGAUGAAAAGAAAGAAGGGAAGAAGAAAUCUAAUGAUCUUAUCAUUGGUGACAAAGAGGAUGAUGUGGUUGAGUUAGUGAGAUCACACGCAACUAAAAAUGUUAGUGACUUGAUGAAGAAAGCUAAGGGAGCUGACUUUUUUGCUCCAAGAACCACUCAUGGGUCGCAACCAAGCAUCAAAAGUGCAAUGGCUACUAAGGAUGAAAUUCAUAGAGCUCAUAUGAUUUGUGCAGAAUUCUUCUAUGAGAAUUGCAUACCUUUUAAUGCAGCUAACUCAGAUAGUUGGCAGAGGAUGUUUGAUGCUGCAAUGGCUAUUGGUCCAGGAUUUAAGGUACCAUCAUAUCAUGAUUAUGGGUGCCUUUACUACUUGAUUGGAAGAGAGAAACCCAGCUAAUUGUUGAUCAACACAGAGCCGUUUGGGAUCAGCGUGGGUGUACUUUAAUGGCUGACUGUUGGACUGAUCAACAAGGUAGAAGCUUGGUCAAUCUAUUGGUCUAUUGUAGUAGAUGUCUUUGUUUUCUUAAAUCUAUUGAUGCAAUAAAGGUUGUGAAGAAUGCAAAGAACCUUUUCAAGAUAUUUGAUGAAGCAAUUCAGUGGAUUGGCGUGGGCAAUGUUGUUCAUGUGGUCACUGAUAAUACAACUAAAUACAAGUCAUGUGGUCAGAUUAUUCAUAAGACUUAUCCACAUAUUCAUUGGUCUCCAUGUGCAACUCAUUGCAUGAAUUUGAUAUUGGGUGAUUUUGGAGAUUUGGAGAAUGUGAAGGAUGUCAUUCAAAAGGCUAGAAGAGUCACUGUGUUUGUUUAUAAUCAUUCUCCUGUGAUUAAUUGGUUGAAAGCAAGGCCAAAUUGGAAGCAAAUAGUGAGACCUGGUGCAACUCGCUUUGCUACUAAUUUCCUCUCCAUGGAGAGUGUGUAUGAGCACAAGGUUGAUUUACAAGCUUUAGCAGUGAGUGAGUUCUUUAAUGCAGAUGAAUCAUCUAAGACUGCAAAAGGAAAGGCGGUGAGUGCUAUAUUGUUAGAUGCUUAGUUUUGGGGUGAUUGUUUGGAGAUGGUAAAUGUGGCUCAACCAGUCAUGAAGUUGCUGAAGCUUCUGGAUUCAGAUGAGAAGCCCACUCUUGCUAGGAAAGAGGUAUGUGAUGAAUAACAAAUAUGUUUGAUUUGAGUACAAAAUAUUUUUGCUAUGAAAUAGUGACAUAUUUGACUUGUAUUUAAUCAUUUAUAGGUCUGGUACUAGAAAAAGUAAGUUAUUGGUUGAUCCAUUUGACUAUGAAUGGAUUAAUGCCACUGAAUUUUGGUUAUGGAUGAGGAAGAGGAUCCAACUCCAGAUCUUAGCUUUAUGAGUUGAUGCAAGCUAUGGGUGAUAAUAAUGCUAAUGACAUUUCUGAAGGAAGUGGAAUUACAAGCAGGAAAAGAGGUCGCAAUGAAGGUUGGAUUGACAUAUUAUUAGUAAAUGAAGAAUUUUCAACUUUUAUAUAUUUUUAACACUUGAUUUCUAACAUAGUUUUCUUUACUUAUUAGAUGAUGAUGGAGAUGAUGGUAGCACAACAAUUGGGGUGGCGUCUUCAAGCAGUGAUUCAUCUGAUGCUAGUGAUGGUGAAUGAAAUGAUGUUGAAGUUGUAUUUGAUAGUUGUUUGAGUUUGAGACUUUGAGUGGUUUCCAUGUUUGAGACUCUUGUUUCAUGUUCAUACUCAUGUGAUAUUGCUUUUAUUUUGGAACAAUGUGGUGGUUUGGAAUUGAAUUUUAGAUCUUUUUGUACUGAUG